AUGGAGCAAGUGCACAGCAGUUUUUCGAAGUCCUGUUCGGACCAGCUUCAGAAUGAGAAGACGCGAAUCAGUGGCAAGGGCGUGGCGUUGAAUGAACAGGUGGAGCAGUUCGUGAUUGAAAUCGACAAGCUGAAUGCCAUCAUCACCUCCAUCGAGAAAGAGAUGGUCGGUUCGGGGGCCACUGGUUGGGCCUUCCACAAUGGGCGGGCCGUUGAGAUGCGCAACUUCACGGGCACUCAGCUGAUCGACCGCAACGAUGAGCUGUGCAUCCUGUGGGAAAAGGCCAACAUCCAGAUGUAUGUCUUGAACAUCGCCAUUCCAUGGUUGAAACAGCAGGAGAAGCUCUUGAAGAAGGGCGAGGUCCAUCGGCAGCUGAAGGUAGUCCGUGGGAAGAUUCCGGAGGUGAAGCCUUUGGCCGAUGAAGUGGUGAACCUCCGAGAGCAGGUCUCCAACGUGCGCAAACACAGUGAAGACCUUUCCAGAGAGUUGGAGAAUCCUAAGAGCUCUUUGCGAAAGUGGCGAAGACUUGGUGGGGAGGACCUUGAUCAGGAGACCUUGCGAGUGAAGAUCUUGGACCUUCAGGAGCGGCUCAACGACAAGAAAGAGGCCCUCCUGGAGAAGGAGUUGAUCUUGGAAGAGGCGGGGCCAUCGAUCAUGGGAAUGCUGACACUCGCCGGGAUAAGGGGGCCUUGGAUGGAAGACAAGGUACCAUGGAUCUCUCGCAGAAGGUCCCUGCUGGCCCAUGGGCCCAUGGCGCUAGCGGUGGCUGGAGAUCAUCCGUUGUAUCGCAAAAAUGGUAGCAUUCUGGAGCCGACCUCUUGUGACUGGUCGGAGCGGCCGAUGACUGCGGAAGGCGAAAGCCAUGAGUCGCAUCUGGGAGACGAGCUUCGCAAGCUCCUGGAGGAGGCCGAUGCUCAGUGGACUCUCUUAGAGCAUCGAUUGGACCAGGUGCAAGAGGAGACGCUUCAGCAACAUGCUGAGGAGCUCCAGAAACGAUUUGGCCUGCAGCCUUCCGAUCUAACGGAGGGAUCCUUCUGGUGUAAGGUUAGAGGCCGAGUGCACUCGGUGCUGUUGUGCCCGGUGGUGCGCGAGAUGCGACAGCAGGUGUGGCCUGCGGACUCAGGACGACAUAGUGAUGAGGGAGAGGCACCUUUAUUGGGAAUCCCAGUGGACGAUCUGCUAGAUCGAUGGGAGCUGGAGGUGGAGCCUCUGUUGGGCGAAGCAGCGCUGCAGGACGCCCGGUUAGCCAGGCGUGCCAAGCGCAAAGCGCAACGCGGCUCCACCAGAGAAGCAAUGCAGGCACUGCUACCAGCUACCAUCAAAGAUGUGCAGUUUCAGGAGAUUUUCUUUAGUAUGAGAUCCACCACAACCACGUCCAGUGGUCACCAGGUGAAGGCGGCGAAGGCAAGCCCUCCCGUGAAUUCUGAUGCCUAUGAGCCGCAGAACCAACACUUGCUCGUGACGCCCAAACAAGAACGAGUUUUUGGUUUCGGCGAGUGCGUUUGCGAACGCAACAAACUGAAGUUUCCACCCAAGAAUUUGAAGCCCUGUGAGUGUAGAGGCGGCGAAUGCAAAUGCGAAGCAGGGAAGUAUCUACCUCCCUUCGCACGCAGAGGAAAGGUGUGCAUGUGCCGCAGCGUUCGAGGUGCCAUUUACAACCGAGAGGUCUACGACGCCUUGGAGAAACGAGGAGGAGCAGUCUGGGAACGUUUCGAAUCGGCCAAGAAGGCUGUUGAUCGCAACAUGGGUAGUCAUAUCUUUGGCAAAGAGGAUGCGAAGGAGGAGACAAAGCCCAUAGGAUCCAUAGGGCAGCCACCAACGGACACAUUUCCCAAGACACCACCAAAAACACCAACCGGUACACCACCGAAGACACCAACAGAGACGCCACGCAAGACGCCAGAGACACCAGCAGGGACAGCAACAGAUAAGGCGUUGGAGGAACGGAAAGAAGAUGCAAAGGGCAUUUCGAAGACACCAACAGGGACACCACCGAAGACACCAACAGAGACGCCACGCAAGACGCCAGAGACACCAGCAGGGACAGCAACAGAUAAGGCGUUGGAGGCGUUGGAGGAACGGAAAGAAGAUGCAAAGGGCAUUUCGAAGACACCAACAGGGACACCACCAAAGACACCAACAGAGAUGCCACGCAAGACGCCAGAGACACCAGCAGGGACAGCAACAGAUAAGGCGUUGGAAGCGUUGGAGGAACGGAAAGAAGAUGCAAAGGGUUCUUCGAAGACAGUGCCACGAACACCACCAGGGACGCCACCAAAGACACCAACAGAGACGCCGCGCAAGUUACCACCAACACGGACAGUAACGGAGUUGGUGCCGGAGGAAAUCGAAGAAGAUUUCGAGGAGGACCCCAGUUCACCAAUCAAUAUACCAGCAAAGACACAUCCCAAAACACCAACAGAAACACCAACGCGAAAGACACCAAAGACACCAACAGAGAAGGUGCUAGAGAAGCAGGAGAAUGCGAAGGAAGAGACCAGCAAAGACGCAACGCGACAAUGAGCUGAAGGAUGCUGGCAGCUGAUUGUAACAGAUUUCCAGGCUAGAUCAAGUUGGUCAUGGUGCCUCAAAUGAGGGACGGCCACGGUCAUGGUGCCUGACGGCUUAGGAACUGGUCGAAUUGCAGAAUAGCUGCGAUUCACCAAUAGCUGGUCGAAUGUCUGGCACAUCCCAUUGAUUGUUGCUAAGAGAGUACCU